AUGGCAACCCAAACUGUCAACCCCCCGACCACUGAUGGUUACCGUGAUUCGGACGAUGAGUUCAGCUCAGAUGAUCAAGAGUUCCAUGUCGAUGAGCGCUCUGGCCGAUCUUGGCCGACCAAGAUUCUUCACAAUGUCAUCCAGCCUUUGAAACCCAAGUUGGUAGACAUAGGGAAAGUUUCGUCCGCUGAUCCUACGCGAUGCAAGCCCUCGAGAGGCGCAAGGAAGAGAUGCGAUGUUCAAGAGAACAAGGUUGAGGGAGUUUGGACCUAUGAUAUGACUCCAAAGACCCCUGACGGGGAGAAGAGGUCCUAUGCCAGGAGGAUAUUGUACUUUGCUGGAGGCGGGUGGCAAGCGCCUCCAAGUGGCCAGCAUUGGACUUUCUGCGCAGAGAUGAUCAACCGCCUGCAGGAUACCAGACUCACCCUCAUUUCCUAUCCUCUGGCGCCCAAAGACCCUGUUCAAGACUCAUUUCCUGCAAUCUGCAAGACUUACAGUGUCCUGUUGAAGGAAUCAUCUGAUCUUGGCGAGAGGGUCAUCGUUGCUGGAGACAGCUCAGGGGGUAACAUCGCCCUAUGUCUGGUGACCUGGACAAUGAGGGAUCAAGAUGUACAAGCCGUUCGACCUCCAUCUGCCAUCCUCGCCAUCACUGCAACUACCGACUUACGUCACAAUCACCCCGCCAUCAAAGAGGUAGACAAGGUUGAUCCUAUUCUAAGCGAGUCGUCCAUCAAUGGCACAGCUGGUGCGUGGGCUCCCGGCCACUCGGAUGUGAGUCAACAAAGCGAGACGAACUCGGAAAGAACAAAUAGGAAUGAGAAGCUCGACUGGUCGGCCGAUGACCCCCGAGUCUCACCCAUCCAUGCCGAUCUCAACGUCUGCGUCAGGAACAAUGUCAAGAUCCAUGGCAUAACGGCUUCACAUGAUGUUCUGGGACCAGAGGCUGUUGAGUUUAGGGAGAGGUGUAGAAAGGAAGGAGUUGACGGACAGUGGUUGUCAUGGGGUGAUCAGAUGCAUUGUUUUCCGUUGGCGUACAAGUAUGGCUUGAAGGAGAGUAAGGAGGGGCUUGAGUGGAUCAUAGAUGUUUUGAAGAAAUGUUGA